AUGGAUUACGCCAGAUCUCACGGUGUCUCUGUGAUGCUCCCAGUCACGUCAGACGACCUGCAAAAGCCUGUAUUCAAAAAGUAUUGGUCAUCGAACGUGGCUAAACGCAGUGAUGUUCCCAGAGUCGCAGGAGUUAACAAAAUUGACAUGUCCAAAUUUGCAAACUUGGAGUCCUUUUUUAAACAACAGUCUAAAAGUAGUCAGGAAGCACCAAUAGAGCCCGUGCCAGCGGUUCCCGCCCCUGAGGUGUCUCCCACUGUCGCAGAAAGACCGGUAGAUCCUCAGUCCAGAGACCCGUACAGUGGAUCGGAGUACAUCUUCGGCUUGACCGGCUGCAACUUCAGACCCUUCCUCGAGAGGAAGGACAUUGCUCUAGUGAUGUUCUAUGGCGACGAGGGUGAGGAGAAGGCCAUGUGGGCCCGAGCACAAGUCAAUAAGGCUGCCAGGACAUCACAGAGAGAGAACCACGGUUAUGCUGCUGUGAACUGCGCUCUUAAUCCGGGCCUGUGCCAGUCGGAGGGCGUCUGCAAAACGCCCAUGUACAAAGUCUACUCACGAGGCAACGUACUCAGCACCAUCCAAGAAGUGUGCACCAUCCACGCCAAAGAACUGAAGAUGCUGGUUGAAAACGCGCCGCUGUUGGCGCAACCCAGAGGACCAGUCCCCUGUAGCUGA